CAGAUGCACAGUUUCGCACCGCACCAGGUAAAACGAUUUCUUAGAAGCCGCGAAGCUUUCUCAAGGCACACCUGUGCACGACAUGACCAAGGAAUGAUCCUUGCUGCGUUCUCUAUACGUCUUGUCAGGUACAGUCUCAGAAAACCGCGGAAUAUUUGGUACAAACUACCGCACACUUGCAGACGACGUUUUGGCUCCAAAUUCAAAAUGGUGGAAGACCAGAGCAAGAACUUGGUGCAUGCGAUCGAGACGGAAAGUGGUCCCAUUUAUUUUUCUACAGCGAGUCAGACGCGUCAGAAAGAUGCAGCAUCUUUUAACACACCCAAAGAGUUUCCCAAUGUUGCUGCGUUUUACUCUAUAAGCGCGUGCAGGUCGAAGAAUUCCCGUGUAGACGAUACACGUGCAAAUUCUAAACUUUUGCUUGACAUAAACAACCACCUUGGCCCGGAGCGCGCGAUUUCCCAUGGCUUUUCCUUCAUCCCUGAACGACCAGAGUCUUUUCGAAAACAGUUCUUCAUUCUCAGCCCUACCGCGGACGAGUCUAUCUCUGGAUUUUCCCGAGAAAUGGCGGUUAAAUUCGGGCAGACUCAGUAUUUUGAGUACGUUUUGAGAGAGGGGAAACUUCUGCAGAACAGGGUAGGGGCUUCAGACGACGGGGUACGUAGUCAGGAUGAGAUGGUGACAGUUGAGGCGCCGCCCUGUCAUCCUGCGUUCCUCCAUCCUGAGAACAAUGCUGUGUUCCACUCCUACAGCAGAGCCGUCAAUAUAUUGAAAGAGUGUCCUGACAUACAAGGGGUUUCAGAAGUGCUGUCUGCAGCAUCAACUCUUGUUCCUGAAACCUUGGAUGUAGCAUCUCUGCAGGAGAAGUGUCAGCACCCUGUCAUUGUUCUGGAGGGUCUCGAUGCCACAGGAAAAACCACCCUGACAGGGAGGCUGGGAGAGAUGCUGAGUGCCCCAGUGCUGCAGUCCCCUCCUCCCCCCAUCCGUCACCUGCGGGAGGUGUUUGACUCCCAGCCUGAGCUGAUCCGGAGAGCGUACUACACACUGGGGAACUACAUACUGGCCAUGCAGGUCACACAGGAGGCACAGACACAUCCUGUAGUCAUAGACAGGUUUUGGCACAGCACGACAGCCUACUCCAUCGCCACAGAGGUAGGUUGUGGGGAUGAGUCCCAGCUGCCCCCCAGAGGACACAGUGUGUACAGCUGGCCCUCGGACCUGCUCAAGCCACACCUGGCCCUGCUACUGACUGUGAACGAGGCAAGCCGGGGGGCCAGACUAGCGGGCAGGGGGGUGGGGAAAACUGAGGAGGAGAUAAGACUGGAGAGGAGUGUCCUGUUUAGGAAGAGGUUGGUUGAGGCCUAUCUGAGGAUGGAGAGCCCAGGCCUUAAGGUCAUUGAUGCAAGUGGCUCCAAAGAAGAGGUUUUUGCCUCCACAGUACAGGUGCUAAAGGACUUCAACAUUUUAGAGGCUUAGACUGAGCACUGAGGGUCAUCGUCAAUGGAUAGUUGGGAACAGUACAAAUGUACUUUGUUCUAGUGAUAUUGAUAUUAAUGUUAAUAAUUUGUUUCUUAUUUGUAUAUAAAUGCAAGCAAGCAGAAAGAUUCAGAAGUCACACUAUUUUAUGAUCAGGUAUUUUACACAGAACUGUAUAUACAACAGAAGUCAAUCAGUAAGAGGAGGAUAAAACAUUGUGAAGUCUUUUUAUCAAGAUCUGUUCCAGUAAGAAUUUUUCUAUUGAUCAUGACUACUAUGUAUAUAACAUGAACCCUCCAAGAAGUGAACAUCUAUAGUAA